CGUUAACGCGGUAAAUGAGAAUUGGGAUGAUGAAGAUGCUAAUAUGGGAAAUUUAGAGUAUGAAAUUAAAAAGUAGAUUAUGAAGAAAUGUGCGGUUAAGACAAAUAUUUAUAAAUUCUAUCAAAAAUGACUUUGUUUGUUAACCGAAAGAAUUUCUGCUUAUGUAAAGUGAACAUCACACGCAAAAAUGUAGGUUUUCCUUUUGGUAUUCUGUUUGCCUGUCAAACACUUGUUUCUUCGUAUAGUUACUAAAUACUUUGAUUUUAUUUUAAGAAUUAUGAACAAAGUCUGUUUAAUUGACUUUGUGAUUUAAAAACCCAACAAGCAAGGAAAUCCUUGACAACGCCUCUGACUUUAUAUUGUUAAAUACAAUCUGUGCAGAUUAUAUUCAUGUUUUUUUUUAUUACUCCAGAGUACUGUCAUACUUAAUUGCCCAACCCUGACUGUGCUCUAUGACAAAUUAAGAAACUUUAAAGUACUCAGACCAGCACUUUUGGAGCGUUUAUGAUAUUCAUUAGAAUUUAAACUCACAUAAUAAAAGUGUAAUUGUGUCAGUUGUUGCCCUUGGCAGUCAAUAAGUUGGUUACAAGUGCUUUGUUUGCACAUGAAGUCCAAACUCCAGUGAGUUUAACCGUACGAUAAACUUUACAAACAGCUCAAUCACAGUUUUGGUUCAACCCCCACAAACAUUAUCUCAGCAUAAAAUGUGAGCACAUAUUUGGCAUCUAUAUAUUAAAAAAGAAACUGGUUUGCGAUGCACAUUUUGUGUCUUAACACCCAUACUAAAUGUAAGAAGUAAAUGAUAUGCCAGACCACAUCAGAAAAACAGUGUGGGUGACAACCUUGCUAAAUUUCCUCUGUACUGGCUGUUGGACCACUUCCGAUGUCUCAGGCUCAUUUAAGCUGUUAAACUCAAUCUAAAACCUUUUGCUGAGAGGAUGAGUUUGUGAUCUGUGUUUUUUAUGAGCAGUAAUGGUACAGCCAGGAUGCUUCAUGUUGGGUUUUAUUUCUGCGGGGACAGGAAUUUCUCCAAUAUGAAACAGAAAGGCUUCAUUUUCACUUUUUUACUUGUUUGGAACUUCUCUACUUUCUCAGGAAACAUCGCAGCACAACUUAAUUUUUCGCUGGGAUGUCAAGCAGUGAUACCGUGUCACCAUUACAGCCAUCAUUUAGACUCUUUCAAAUGGCUUUACAAGAAGGACCAAAGUAGUAAGCAGGUUCAGUUGUUCUUACAAGAUAAGAGUGGAGUGCAAUAUCAUCAAAUGUCCAAUCCCAAAUUGAAAAUUGGAUCCAGUCGUUCCUUGGUCAUCAGUUCUUUUACUGAGGAUGAUGAAGGUGUGUACUGGUGUGAAACUUGCCAAGAAACAUGCCAAAAGUCCACUGACAUCAUAGUGAAGAAAGAGACGUGGAAAGAAGUCAAUAUGACAGUUUACAUUGUUGCUGGCAACAGUUUUCAGCACACAUGUUCAAGUAAACUUGAUAAAAUGAAAUGGAGUUUUGAAGCAACGACUGCUCUCGGGAAAUCAGAACUAAGAGCAACAACAGACAAUUUGACUAUAUAUAUUGGAAAUGUCAGAAGAGAAGAUGCUAGGAAAUAUACCUGCUGGAUGAGUAACUGUGUCGGACACAGUAUUAAGCUAGUCACUAUCAAUUUGUGUGUAGUCACAGUAUAUGACAGUAAGGAUUCAUCUGCAUCUUGUGCUGGGACGUGCGGCAUGAAAUCCAAUAAUCCAAACAGAACUUCAACUACAUCUGUGCAUGUACAUUCAGACGGGUCCCUAAAGUGCAAUAUAGAUUCAGUGUUUGAUGGAUACACUACAGUUACUAUGAGUCCCACAUUUAGCACAAACGCAUUUAGCACAACAACAGGUUUUCAAAAAGAGCCUCAAGACUGGAUCCCACUUAUUUGUGGUAUAUCAGUAUCAUGUGUCAUUUUAAUGGCACUUUUCAUUUUUUGCUUCAAAUCAAGAUUACAUUCAGCAUUUCCUGUUCAAAUUUGUUGCUGUGGCUUGAAUAGCAGGGUGGAAGAGGAGUCUUCAGUGGUUUAUUCAUCAAUUAUCAUCAGGACACCCGGCAAAAGAAUUAAUCACAUGACCUCUAGUGAUUGUGUUUAUUGUGAAAUAAAAGUAUAGAGAAAAAAAAGUCCAGGAUAAGUGAGGUCACUUUUAUUUAUAUAGAACAUUUUAAAACAAUAUGGAUUGGUCCAAAGUGCUUUUCAGUUGACUGUUAAAAUAGGUAAGGUCAUUAAAGGGCACUGUUUAGAAUUAUACUUUCCAUCCUUGCUGUCAUUUGAUUUAGUAACUAAUUCCUCAAAUUACUUAAAUUGUAACUUCACCCACAUGUUGCUCAAGGGAAAAUCUGAAACCAUGAGUCUCUUUUUCCAACAAAGGAAUGAUUUCUAAUCGAAUCUUUAACUGAAUUUUUACCUAAUUCUCUGAAGGCAGGGCAGAUGUAUAUAUCUAUGUAUAUAUCUAUUUACUUAGCACUUUUAACUUUUAUUUUUAUGGUUAUUUAAGCGUUGUUUGACAGUAUGUUUUGCACUAAGUACC